AAGUUGACGUGCUUUACUGUCAUGUCUUUGUUGCUUCAAUGCUAGCAAGUCCAGCGCGAAAGUGAUUGAACACAGUUGUUUUUAAGAAAGAAAUAACAAAUUCAACAAUUUCUGUAAUAGUAAAUCCAAGAUGGAAGAAAAGCUGUAUGGAUCAGUGCCUGUCCCCUCGGAAUAUCUUCAACAGUGGAUUCAGUCAGCUCAACAGCUUCAGGCUCUGCAGGGCCAGUAUCCGGGCAUCAACCAUCACCACAGUCCUCACCCUCACUACACAGAGGAACCAAGAGAGGAGAGAGUAAUGGCACAUGCACAUAUGGCUGUCAAUGAUGAGCUCAUGGCUCAGCAAGAACCUGCCAACUUAGCGAAAGCUCCAGCGAAAAAGCGAGGGAGAACGGCACAACCAAAGGAACCCAAGCCACCCAAAAUGCCCAAGCCCCCCAAGGCCAAACCGGGCCCCAAGCCCAAGAAAGGCAAGGAGGGUCAAGAGGCUGACGGCACGCAGGAGAAGAUGGACGAGACCGUCCAGAAGGUCAGGAAGAAACGAGACCGAUUCAAGGGCAUGACGGAAGAUGAGGUCAUGAGCAGAACUCUGACUGACAUCCUUGAUUACAACUUGGACUAUGUCAUUAUUGGAAUCAACCCAGGUCUGGUGGCAGCCUAUGUUGGACGAUGGUUCCCUGGCCCUGGAAACCAUUUCUGGAAGUGCCUGUUCUUGUCUGGAUUCACUGAUGAGCAGCUCAACCACAUGAGUGACACCAGCCUGCCAGCGAAAUAUAAGAUUGGUUUCACCAACAUGGUGGCAAGGACAACGCCUGGAAGCAAAGACCUUUCAACCAAAGAGCUACGUGAAGGUGCCUUAAUUCUUGUGGAAAAGCUGAAGAAGUACAAGCCUCUCAUAGCUGUUUUCAAUGGAAAAUGUAUCUAUGAAAUGUUCUGCAGAGAGAUGUUUGGAAAAAAGCCCAAGAAACUUGACUUUGGUCUGCAGCCACACAAGAUACCUGACUGUGAAGUGGCGUUGUAUUUGAUGCCGUCGUCCAGUGCCCGCUGUGCCCAGUUCCCCCGUGCCCAGGACAAAGUGCACUUCUACAUCAAGCUGAGGGAAUUAAGGGACCAGCUCAGGGGCGUGGCCAGAACAGACGACAUUCAGGAGUUGGAGUACAGCUUUGACCUGGGACUGGCCAAGGAGGACGCCAAGAGGAUGGCGAUUAAAGAGGAGGCGUACGACCCGGGCUACGAGGCGGCCUUUGGCGGCGCAUAUGGCGAGGGUGGGCCGGGGCCUGAAGAGGGCCAGAGCAAUGGCAACGGGCACUGUAACUUCUCGUCGGCGGAAAACACAGUUUCAGACGCUGUCGAGAAGGCAGACACUUCUCAACUUCCUGCCGCCACCGCCGCUGCCACAGAGGGACAACUCCCAGACGGACAGUGGAUGAUGCAGUCUUUUGCUGAUCAGAUUCCAGACAUUGGGGGCUCUAAAGAACCCCAGGCAUGGGCGGGCAAUGUAUAAGGAAGGGGAUAGGGCUACUAACUAGCCCUAUCUGGACGUACAGAGACCUCAACCCACACAUCCUUAAUCCCCUCCUUCAACAAGACACUGCACCUCAGUUUGAAGACUCAAAUUGUAGCCUUUUCAUUUUUUUGUGAAGUUGUAUUAGCCAUUUUAGGGAUUUACAUGUUUAACUACUUGAUAGAUGGAAUUUUCUAAAUUGAAAAUUGAGGAUUUUUUUAAUUCAAAUAUUUUAUCCUGUUUUGUCAUCAUGUGUGUUUUGAUUGGCGGUCUUUUAAAUAUGUGAAAUCAGGGACUUGACAAUGAUUCUUGAUUGUCUUUGGAGAUUGUCACCUAUUUAAAUCUUUUGCUUAUUUUGUUGUCAUACUGUACUUGGCCACAGGAUGGCGCAGUAGGUGUAAGCAAAGCGGGACACUUCUGAUAUUACAAAUGGCCCUAAAUCAGACUUUUACACAUGAACAGUCAGUCCCAAAACACACACACUGUAUGCAACUGGAAGUCAUGCAUUGUGAAGUGUAGGAUUAGAGAACAGGUACUGAGUGAUAUGUGAACAAACUAAACAUGGUCAAAAAGUGAUUCCACAGAGAGAUGUUUUAGCAAUUUCUUCACAUUACAGAAGGUGGGUGCUGUUCUCUUGUUGCUUUAUGAUCCGUAUAUUAUGUUUAGUAUGUUUCUGAACAUUUUUGUUCAUUAAAGUUUAAAAUCCUUAAAACGUUACAUACAUGCAUAUAGUGGGGCAAAAAAGUAUCUAGUCAGCCACCAAUUGUGCAAGUUCUCCCACUUAAAAAGAUGAGGCCUGUAAUUUAUCAUAGGUACACUUCAACUAUGACAGACAAAAUGAGAGAAGAAAAAUACAGAAAAUCACAUUGUAGGAUUUUUAAUGAAUUUAUUUGCAAAUUAUGGUGGAAAAUAAGUAUUUGGUCAAUAACAAAAGUUUCUCAAUACUUUAUUAUAUACCCUUUUGGCAAUGACAGAGGUCAAACGUUUUCUGUAAGUCUUCACAAGGUUUUCACACACUGUUUCUGGUAUUUUGGUCCAUUCCUCCAUGCAGAUCUCUAGAGCAGUGAUGUUUUGGGGCUGUUGCUGGGCAACACGGACUUUCAACUCCCUCCAAAGAUUUUCUAUAGGGUUGAGAUCUGGAGACUGGCUAGGCCACUCCAGGACCUUGAAAUGCUUCUUACGAAGCCACUCCUUCGUUGCCCGGGCGGUGUGUUUGGGAUCAUUGUCAUGCUGAAAGACCCAGCCACAUUUCAUCUUCAAUGCCCUUGCUGAUGGAAGGAGGUUUUCACUCAAAAUCUCACGAUACAUGGCCCCAUUCAUUCUUUCCUUUACACGGAUCAGUCGUCCUGGUCCCUUUGUAGAAAAACAGCCCCAAAGCAUGAUGUUUCCACCAUGCUUCACAGUAGGUAUGGUGUUCUUUGGAUGCAACUCAGCAUUCUUUGUCCUCCAAACACGACGAGUUGAGUUUUUACCAAAAAGUUCUAUUUUGGUUUCAUCUGACAUUCAUCUGACAUUCUCCCAAUCUUCUUCUGGAUCAUCCAAAUGCUCUCUAGCAAACUUCAGAUGGGCCUGGACAUGUACUGGCUUAAGCAGGGGGACAUGUCUGGCACUGCAGGAUUUGAGUCCCUGGCGGCGUAGUGUGUUACUGAUGGUAGGCUUUGUUACUUUGGUCCCAGCUCUCUGCAGGUAAUUCACUAGGUCCCCCUGUGUGGUUCUGGGAUUUUUGCUCACCAUUCUUGUUAUCAUUUUGACCCCACGGGGUGAGAUCUUGCAUGAAGCCCCAGAUCGAGGGAGAUUAUCAGUGAUCUUGUAUGUCUUCCAUUUCCUAAUAAUUGCUCCCACAGUUGAUUUCUUCAAACCGAGCUGCUUACCUAUUGCAGAUUCAGUCUUCCCAGCCUGGUGCAGGUCUACAAUUUUGUUUCUGGUGUCCUUUGCCAGCUCUUUGGUCUUGGCCAUAGUGGAGUUUGGAGUGUGACUGUUUGAGGUUGUGGACAGAUGUCUUUUAUACUGAUAACAAGUUCAAACAGGUGCCAUUAAUACAGGUAACGAGUGGAGGACAGAGGAGCCUCUUAAAGAAGAAGUUGAAGGUCUGUGAGAGCCAGAAAUCUUUCUUGUUUGUAGGUGACCAAAUACUUAUUUUCCACCAUAAUUUGCAAAUAAAUUCAUUAAAAAUCCUACAAGGUGAUUUUCUGGAUUUUUUUUUCUCAUUUUGUCUGUCAUAGUUGAAGUGUACCUAUGAUGAAAAUUACAGGCCUCUUGUCUUUUUAAGUGGGAGAACUUGCACAAUUGGUGGCUGACUAAAUACUUUUUUGCCCCACUGUAUAUCCAUUCAUUCUUGAAGUAUAUAUAUAUUUUUUAUAAAUGCCUCAGGGGCUUAGUUCAACUGUCGUACCCCACCAGAACCUCAAAUAUAGGCUUGUUUUACUCCAAUGUUUCUAAACAAACACUGUAUAGACUCAACAUGGUUCAAACUAUAAUUGUGAUAUCAUGGAUGGUCAGUCCUUGCAUCCAUAGUUCAGUCUGAAUUUGAGUGGAUUCAUUUCUUUAUGCCCAUCCCUCAGAUUGUUUAAAACCAAAACACAGGCGAGUUGAUUACAUUGUUUUAAGUGAAGGACUUUUAGAUGUAAAUGUUCCUCGUGGAGUUUUUCUAUUUUACUUGAAGUUAUUUUGUUUAACUCUCCAGCCUGAAAAGAUUUGGUCGUCUUGGUUUGGUCGGGUUCUGACGGUUUGACUGAUGAUCUUCAUGCAUGUCAAGAAAUGUUCAUCCGUCUGCAUGCUAAAUGAGUCAACCCUAGAUCGUAUUUAGUUAGGAAAACAUUUUAAAUGUGUUUGCAACUGAUUCAUCUUUUUUGGUUUCUUAUUAGAAAAAACUGUCUUCUGUUUGGUGCCUAUUAGAACACCACCCUGUUCUUUCUUUAAACUGUUUCAUAUUGUACAUUACAAUACUCUUUGCACAAGUUUCAACUUCUGAGAUACUGCACAUGAUCCCUCUGGGUAAAUGUAUGGAUGCACGCUGUGAGAAUAACUGGGUAAUAUGACUUUUUUUAUUUGAAAUGCGUAGCUGUUCCAGUAUGUCAGAAAUAAUAAUACUUUAGCAUUACAGCAUCACAAAGGUUUCUACCGUGAAAUGGAUUAGGGUUUAAAUAGUUGUGGCAGCUACAAGCUACCUCACCUUUAAGUUCCUCAUCUUUAAUUUCCUCACCUUUAAAUGUUUCUUUAUUUCCUUUUAUUCUGGACUGGUUUCAUCUUUGUGACCAAAUGUGGCGUUUAAAAUUUAAAAAAAGUGAUUUUGCCAAUUUGUGUGAAUGGAAUUGGUCAUACAUGCAGUUACUGUACGUCAAUCCUCUUUGUUAAAAAGACGAAGGCUGGGAUUCAAUCAGAAACCAGGAUUCUAGCUUUAAAGGACGUUUCCAUUUGAGACAUCUGCAGCAUUUACCUUGAAUGCGAUCUCUGUAAAAGCAGUAACGUUGCUGAAUGCUGCAGCGGUCUAAGGCACUGCAUUGCAGUGCUGGAGGCAUCCCUACAGACCCUGGUUCGAUUCCAGGCUGUAUCACAACCGGCCGUGAUUGGGGUGCGCAAAAUUGGCCCAGCGUCGUUAGGGUUUGGCCAGGGUAGGCCGUCAUUGUGCUUCAACAUCUGCGUAGCUUGCUGUUUGGGGUUUUAGGCUGGGUUUCUGUAUAGCACUUUGUGACAUCUGCUUAUGUAAAAAGGACUUUAUAAAUACAUUUGAUUGAAAAUAAGAA